GAGCAGGCCUCACCUCGUCCCAGUCCCCCUCGCUGCCCGCCGGGCUCGCCCCCGCCGCCGCCCCGCUCAGAGGCAGUAGCAGCAGCAGCGGCGGCAUCGCCAGCAGCGCCAUGCAGGCCAACGGGGCGGGAGGGGGCCAGCAGCAGCCGCCGCCGCAGGGCCCGGAGCUGGGCUGCCUGGGCGCCCAGAACGGCGAGGCCUCGGCGGGCACGGCCGCCGGCGACCAGCUGGCCCACGCCAACGGGCUGCUGCCCUCGGCCAACAGCGGCGGCCCCGGCGGCGGCAGCCCCGGCGGGCUCGGCGUUAACAACGGGGUGCCCGCCGCCGGGGGGCCCGGCCCCGCCGCCGCCGAGCUGGGGGGGAGCGGCGGCGGCGGCAGCGCCCUGAAGAAGAAGAAGCGGCUCUCGCAGUCCGACGAGGACGUGAUCCGGCUGAUCGGGCAGCACCUGCACGGGCUGGGGCUCAACCAGACUGUUGAUCUCCUCAUGCAAGAGUCAGGAUGUCGUUUAGAACAUCCUUCUGCUACCAAAUUCCGCAAUCAUGUCAUGGAAGGAGAAUGGGAUAAGGCUGAGAACGACCUGAAUGAACUUAAGGCCUUAGUGCAUUCUCCGCAUGCAAUUGUGAGGAUGAAGUUUUUGCUGCUGCAGCAGAAGUACCUGGAAUACCUGGAGGAUGGCAAGGUCCUGGAGGCACUUCAGGUUCUACGCUGUGAACUGACGCCUCUGAAAUAUAAUACAGAACGCAUUCAUGUCCUCAGUGGGUACCUGAUGUGUAGCCAUGCAGAUGACUUGCGUGCAAAAGCAGAGUGGGAAGGGAAAGGAACAGCUUCCAGAUCUAAACUUUUGGACAAACUCCAGACCUACCUACCCCCGUCAGUGAUGCUUCCUCCAAGGCGUUUACAGAACCUGCUCCGUCAGGCUGUGGAACUACAACGGGACCGGUGCCUAUAUCAUAAUACGAAACUAGAUAGUAAUCUAGAUUCUGUCUCGCUGCUAAUAGAUCACGUUUGUAGUAGGGGUCUGAGUUCAGUGUGUGGUGUGCUGUACGUGCUGCCAUGCUUGGGCAUAUUGAGGAAACAGUUCCCGUGCUAUACACAGCAGAUACUAACGGAGCACUGUAAUGAAGUGUGGUUCUGCAAGUUCUCCAACGACGGCACUAAACUAGCAACAGGAUCUAAGGACACAACUGUUAUUAUUUGGCAGGUUGAUCCAGAUACUCACCAGCUAAAACUACUUAAGACAUUAGAAGGUCAUGCAUAUGGGGUCUCUUACAUUGCUUGGAGUCCAGAUGACAACUACCUUGUUGCCUGUGGCCCAGAUGAUUGUUCUGAGCUUUGGCUCUGGAAUGUACAAACUGGGGAGCUGAGGACAAAGAUGAGCCAGUCUCAUGAAGACAGUUUAACAAGCGUGGCCUGGAAUCCCGAUGGGAAGCGUUUUGUAACGGGAGGUCAGCGUGGACAGUUCUACCAGUGUGAUUUAGAUGGUAAUCUCCUUGACUCCUGGGAAGGGGUGAGAGUACAAUGCCUUUGGUGCUUGAGUGAUGGGAAAACUGUUCUAGCGUCGGACACACACCAGCGAAUUCGGGGUUAUAAUUUUGAGGAUCUCACAGACAGGAACAUAGUACAAGAAGAUCACCCUAUUAUGUCGUUUACUAUUUCAAAAAAUGGCCGUUUAGCUUUGUUAAAUGUAGCAACUCAGGGAGUUCACUUGUGGGACUUACAAGACAGAGUUUUAGUGAGAAAGUAUCAAGGUGUUACACAAGGAUUUUACACAAUUCACUCAUGUUUUGGAGGUCAUAAUGAAGAUUUCAUCGCGAGUGGUAGUGAAGAUCACAAAGUAUACAUCUGGCACAAGCGCAGUGAGCUGCCGAUUGCGGAGCUGACAGGGCACACGCGUACAGUCAACUGUGUGAGCUGGAACCCGCAGAUUCCAUCCAUGAUGGCCAGCGCCUCCGACGAUGGCACUGUUAGGAUAUGGGGACCAGCGCCUUUCGUAGACAACCAGGAUAUUGAAGAGGAAUGCAGUAGCAUGGAUAGUUGAUGGCGAAUUUGGAGCAGACGACUUCAGUUUAACUUAAUUAGUCGUAUUUUAAAUGGCUUGGGAUUUGGUGCAAACAAACAUGAUUGAUAGCUGGACAGACAUGCUCGUCAUGAAAAAGAACCAUUUCUGAAGCCCGGUUGGGGCCAAACAUUUACCACCUUGCUUCAUAGUAACCAGUCGAGAUGAAGCACGUCCUUAGAACUUUGUUGGACACCGUGUUGAAAUUACCCCCCCAUCGGUUGUGAAGAACUGUGCUACAUUCAGGCUAACCAUUGAACUCAGUAUAUAUAUUUUUCCCUCCUGCCUUUUUGUCUGGCAGGCUACUGUUCUUGUUGCUCUUCUGUGUAAUGAAGUUUAAAUGCUUGUUUGGAACACUUUAUUUAACAGUUUAGAAGGCUUGAUAGAAAGAGUGCUUUAGUCUGAAGAGUAUACAUUGGAUAGGAAAGUAUUUCCUUCUCUUGUUUCUCAAGUCUCUCUCCGCCUUACUUAGCUUGAGAUCUUUGCAGCUUGGUUCAUGGAUUCUAGCCUUGCCCGUUGCGCAGUAUAUAUAUAAAUUGAGAUGAUAAACCAAUGAACUAUGUCAAAAGCACUCUCAGUAUCACAUUUGACAAAAAGUUUUGUACUUUUCACAUAGCUCGUUGCCCUGCAAAGGGGUUAACAGCACAAUUUUUUAAAAAUAAAUUAUUUAUAGGAUUAAAA